CCCGCGGAGCGGAGCAUCCAGGCCCUGGAGCUUCCCCGGGCCUGUAGCACCCCGGGACGGGACGCGCUCUGUGUGGGCGGCGAUGAGGGUCUGGAGCUCAGAGCAUGUGUUCGGCCACCCGUGGGACACAGUCAUCAAGGCUGCCAUGAGGAAGUACCCGAAUCCCAUGAACCCCAGUGUUGUGGGUGUCGACGUGCUGGAGCGCAGUGUGGACAGCCGGGGCCGGCUUCACAGCCACCGCCUCCUCAGCACCGAGUGGGGGCUGCCUGGCCUCGUGAGAGCGAUUUUGGGAACCAGUAGGACUUUGACAUACAUCAGAGAACAUUCUAUUGUGGAUCCAGUGGGAAAGAAAAUGGAGCUCUGUUCCACCAAUAUCACACUCACAAACUGGGUGUCGGUGAGCGAGAGGCUGGUGUACACACCCCACCCGGAGGACCCAGGAAGGACCGUGCUCACCCAAGAAGCCGUCAUCACCGUGAAGGGGAUCAGCCUCGGCAGCUAUCUGGAAAGUUUGAUGGCCAACACGAUAUCGUCCAACGCAAAGAAGGGGGGUACAGGUUCAAUCCCUGGUCGGGGGAUUAAGAUCCUGCGUGCUGUGCUGUGCGGUGAAAAAAAAAAGACAAAGCAAUCAAAGAGAGAGGUAAUAUUUUUCAUAAUACAAAAUAUUGAUGCUAAGCUUGAGACUUGAGAAUUCUUUAAAAUUAAAGUCAAUGAAAGAUUUGACAGCCAAUAUGGUGGAGUAGAAAGACCCUGAGCUCACCUUCUCUCACGAGCACGCCAAAAUCACAACUAUCUGCAGAACAACCAUUGACGAAAAAGACUGGAACCUACCAGAAAAGAUCUUCUAAAAAAAGCAACCCCAACAAGACAGGAGGGGCAUACACAUGAUAUAAUCAAAAUUCCAUACCUCUCCCUUGGGUGGGCAACACACACCUGGAGAAUAAUUAUAUUGCAGAGGUUCUCCUACAGCAGUGAGAGUUCUGAGCCCCACAUCAGGCUCCCCAGUCUGGAGGUCCAGCACCAGCAAGAUGAGCCCCCAGAGCAUUUGGCUUUGAAAGCCAGCAGGGCUUAACUGGAGGAGGCCCACAGGACUGGGGAAAUAAGAGACUUCACUCUUAAAGGGUGCACACAAAAUCUCAUGCACCCUGGGACCCAGGGCGAAAGCAGUAAUUUGAUAGGAGCCUGGGCCAGACCUACCUGCAGGUCUUGAAGAGUCUCCUGGAGAGGUGGGGGGUGGCUGCAGCUCACCCUGGAGACAUAGACACUGGGGGCAGACAUAUUGGGGAACUUUCAGCUGCGUGAACACUACUGAGGCUGGUGGCUGACACCUUGGAUCAUCAGUGCCAAGUCCUGGCCCCACCAAACAGCCUGCAGGUGCCAGUGCUGGGACACCUACCGAAGGCCACUUCUCCAAGGUCAAGAAAUGUAACCAACCUACCACAUACAUAAAAAUACAAAUAGCAACUCAGACAAAAUGAUGUGGCAGAAGAUUAUGUUCCAGACGAAGGAAAAAGAUAAAACCCCAGAAGAAGAACUAAGUGAAGUGGAGAUAGGUAAUCUACCCAAGAAAGAGUUCAGAGUAGAGAUAAUCAAAAGAACUCUGAAGGGGAAUGGAUGCACAGAGCAAGAAGUUAGAAGUUUUUCACAAAGAAUUAGAAAACAGAACAACCAGAGAUGAAGAAUACAGUAACUGAAAUGAAAAAUACACGAGAAGGAAUCAAUAGUAGACUAAAUGAUUCAGAAGAACAGAUCAAUGAGCUGGAAGACAGAGUAGCAGAAAUCACUGCCGCUGAACAGAAAAAAGUAAAAAUGAAAAGAAAUGGGGACAAUUUGAGAGACCUCUGGGACAAUAUCAAGUGCACUAGUAGGGGUCCCAGAAGGAGAAGAGAGGGAGAAAGGGCCUGAGAAAAUAUAUGAAGAGAUAAUAGCUGAAAACCUCCCUAACCUGGGAAAGGAAAGAGUUACCCAAGAUCAGGAAGCACAGAGAGUCCCAUACAGGAUUAACCCAAAGAGGAACACACCAAGAUGCACUGUAGUCAAAAUGACAAAAUUUAUAAAAGAUAGAAUAUGAAAAGCAGCAAAUAACACACAAAGGAGCUCCCAUAAGGCUAUCAGCUGAUUUUUCAGCAGAAACUCUGCAGGCCAGAAGGGACUGGCACAAUAUAUUUAAAGUGAUGAAAGGGAAAAACCUACAACCAAGAAUACUCUACCCAGCAAGGCUCUCAUUCAGAUUUGAUGGAGAAAUCAAAAAUUUUACAGACAAGCAAAAGCUAAAAGAAUUCACCGCCACACCAGUUUUACAACAAAUGUUAAAGGAAGUUCUCUAGGUGAAAAAUAAAAGGCCACAACUAGAAACAAGAAAGUUGCAGAAUGAAAAAGCUCACCAGUAAAGACAAACAUACAGUAAAGGUAGGAAAUCAUCCACACACAAAGCUAGAAGGGAGUUAAAAGACAAAAGUAGUAAAAUCAUCCGUAUCCACAAUAAGCAGUUAAGGGAUAACAAAAACAAUUAGAUGUAAAAUAUAUCAAAAACAGUAAUUGUGAGGGGAGGAGAGUACAAAUGCAGGGUAUUUAAAAUGCAUUGGAAAUUAAGAGAUCAGCAACUUAAAAUAAUCAUGUAUAUAUAAAUACUGCUAUACCAAAACCUCAUGGUAACCACAAGCCAAAAAUAUGUAAUAGAUAAACACACAAAAAAGAAAAAGGAAUCCAGACAUAAUAGUAAAGAUAGUCAUCAAAUCACAACAGAACAAAGGGAGGAAAGAGGAAAAAAAGACCUACAAAAACAAAUCCAAAAUAAUUAAAUGGGACUUCCCUGGUGGUCCAGUGGUUAAGAAUACGUGCUUCCACCUCAGGGGACGUGGGUUCAAUCCCUGGCCCAGGAACUAAGAUCCCACAUGCUGCACAGCCAGAGGAAAAAAAAAAAAAAUGGCAGUAAGAACAUAUGUACUGAUAACUACAUUGAAUGUAAAUGGACUAAAUCCUCCAACCAAGAGACACAGACUGGCUAAAUGGAUACAAAAACAAGACCCAUAUAUAUGCUACCUACAAGAGACUCACUUCAGAUCUAGAAAUUCAUACAGACUGAAAAUGAGGGGAUGGAAAAAGGUGUUCCACACAAAUGGAAAUCAAAAGAAAGCGAGAGUAGCAAUACUUACAUCAGACAAAAUAGGCUUUAAAUUGAAGACUGUUACAAGAAACAAAGAGGGACGCUACAUAAGAAGAUAUAACAAUUGUAAACAUAUAGGCACCCAACAUAGGAGCACCUCAAUAUAUAAGGCAAAUAUUAACAGACAUAAAAGGAGAAAGUGACAGUAACACAAUAGUAGUGGGGGACCAUAAUACCCCACUUACAUCAAUGGACAACUCAUCCAGACAGAAAAUCAAUAAGAAAACACAGGCCUUAAAUAACACAUUAGACCAACUUGACUUGAUUGGUAUUUAUAGAGCAUUCCAUCCAAAAGCAGCAGAAUACACAUUUUUUCCAACUGCACAUGGAACAUUCUCCAGGAUAGAUCACAUGCUAGGUCACAAAACAAGCCUUGGUAUGUUUAAGAAAACUGAAAUCAC